AUGGGUAUUGAACUCGCGACAAUGCUUAUCCCUAAGGACGACCGCAAGAAGAUCCACGAGUACCUCUUCCGCGAGGGUGUGCUCGUGGCCAAGAAGGACUUCAACCUUCCCAAGCAUGGCGACAUUGACACCAAGAACCUCUACGUGAUCAAGGCCUGCCAGUCGCUCAACUCCCGCGGCUACGUCAAGACCCAGUUCUCGUGGCAGUACUACUACUACACCCUCACCCCCGAGGGUCUUGACUACCUCCGUGAGUGGCUCCACCUCCCCGCUGAGGUUGUCCCCGCCACCCACAUCAAGCAGCAGCGCUCUCACGCUCCCCCCCGCGGCAUGCUCGGUGGUGAGGAGCGCGAGCGCCGUCCCCGCGCUCCCCGUGAGGGUGGCUACCGCCGCCGCGAGGAAGGUGGUAAGGAGGGUGGUGCCCCCGGCGAGUUCAACCCUAGCUUCCGUGGUGGCUUCGGCCGUGGCCGUGGUGCGCCCGCUUCUUAA